CUCGCUCUUCACAGCUGGUGCAUUCGGCCUCUGGUACUACUUCCCACCCAUCAAUCCUGCCUUGAUUCACUUCUCCUUUCCUCUUUUUAUUUUGAGAUUUUGAUUCAAAGAUGUCCGUUUUGAAAUGGGAUGGGAAGGUCGGAGAAGACGAAAGUGCGGAGCGCGCUGAGCUGCGCCCUGGUCAGCACUCUGGUGGCGCUCGCCACGAUCAACCUCAGCAUCAUUGCUAGUGAGGUCCCGGUAUAUUCUGUUGUCUUGGAGUAUCUGCUGCCCGUCGCAGUUCAUUUGCUGCUCUUCAGAGCAGACCUGCGUCGCAUCCUGCAGUCCAUCGGGACGCUGCUUUUGGUCUUCUGGCUUGGAUCAGGUCUCAAAGUCCGGUUCUGUAAAAGUGGAGAAGCUUAUGAAUGUCGAACGAUACUCCUAUGUGAUGCACAUCAGCUCGACUGUGAGGUCUUUUGCUUUCAGUCGUAAAUG